AUGGGGCCUGGCCAGAUAAAACGCUGGGCGAGCCUUGCUGUGCACUUUCUAUCUUGUUACCUCUGGGAGCACACAAAAAGCUCUGGAAAUGCCCGCCACGGCUCCACCUUCCAGGCACACGCUGCUUCUGGGGCAGCACACCGAGCCCCUGUGCACCAGCCUGGAGCUGGAGAAGGCUGUCCCACCCUCCUUCGUGGGGUUUCUGGGGCUCGGAGGAACGUGUCUUUAAUCAGGAAACUCCAGAGGACGCGGCCAGAGAAGCUUGGAGAACACGGAGCUCCAUUUCAGACAGGAGGCACAUCAGGAGGCUACCUGGGCUUGAGCGAGGGGUGUGGUGACACUGCAUGUCCUCGCCGGGCUCAGCCUUGUGGGUGGCAGGCAGGUGUGCAUCGACUCGUGGGCUUCGACCUCAGCUUGGGCGCCACCCACCACGAGCACGCGGCAGGUCACACACCCAGGACACUUCCUCCCAGCCCACCUCCUGCUGGACAGACAGACCCUUCCCCGGCUGGUGCCGGUCCCCCAGCACCCUGGAAAGCCCCAGCACAGGAGAACAGGGUGGGUGUGAAGGAUUGGGGAUGCGCCCCUCUGUCCUGGCCAGAGGAAGCAGGAAGCGUGAGUGGGCCCUGGAGUCACGGCUGUCAGGACAAUGGCCCCCAGGUGGGGUGGCACCCGCUGGCUGGGAGCCGGGUGAGAAUCGCGGCACAGGCCUGCUCAGCUCUGCCUCCCCAGGCGUGGAAGCUGUUCUGGGGAGUCAGGCGAUGUGGUCCGCUGGGCGUCCCUCAUGGGGCCACCGUGGACGCCCACCCUCCUGCAUGCGUGGCCCCUGCCUCCCCGUGUUCAUUUUUAAUUCUCUGGUUCUUGGAUUCAACUUCUGAGGCUGCCCAGACGGCUGUACCUACUUGCAGUGUUAGCCAUGCAUCUGAUUUAAAAUGUUAUUUUGAUCUUUAGUUCUUUUACAAACUCCAGCUGUCCCAGUCCCACCCCUACGCCUGCUGGUGCCACAGCUGGCCAUUGUGGCCCCUUGGCUGCUCACUGCUGUCCGGAGGCCCCGACAGGGCGGGUAAAGUCUGGGGCUCGCGGGAAGCCCAGCCCCUGUUCACCCCACCGGCCCAGUCACCUCCAGAAGAAAUAGUUAUUAUUUUAGUGGCUUUUUUUCUAGUAAUUUUCCUGGAUAUUCUUGAAUAUUAUUUCUUCAAAAAAAACUCCAAAAUCUUUUUGUCCUUUUACAAUUUUUUCGAUGCAUUUAAAAAAAUAGAUUUGAUAGAAUGAAUUUCUUUUAAUGUGGGCUCUUCAUUUAAUGAAGUCUCUCCCCAUUUACUAAAUCCUGUCCUGUCCCCCAGUGAAUUUAUGGCGCCCUGCAGGCCCGGCCCUCCUUGCCUUGUUCUUGUUUAGCAUUUCCCUAAAUAUUUAUGUGUGGAGCUGGGGCUGGGCUCAGUGGUAGAGCGCUUGCCAAGGACGUGUGAGGCACUGGGUUCCAUCCUCAGCAUCACAUAAAAAAUAAAUUAGAAAAGUAAAGUCAUUAUGUGCAACUACAACUAAAAAUAUUUUCUUUAAAAAAUGUAUGUGUGUAAUUCAAAUAGCAAAGGUGAUUUUUUCUUAGCAUGUUUUUAAACAUUAAAAAUGGUUUCUUGUUGGGCGUGAUGGCAGCUGUACCUCCAGCUACUCAGGAAGCUGAGGGAGGAGGGUCGCUGAGUGCAGAGGUCUGGGAUCACCUGGGCAAAUAGGAGACCGGGAGGAGGAGGAGGAGGAGAACAGGGCCCUGUGUUCAGCUGGGGUUUCCCAGCCCCUCCCCUGAGCAGGUGCAAAACACAGGCUGAUGCUUGGCCAGCAAGCCUGGCUGUGUGUCCAGCCCACUGGGUCCUGCAGCAGUCCUCACAUUUGUAGUGAGAACAGGACCUCGGGUGAUACUGCACCCCUCAACACAUGGCAAUCCUGCAGGCGCCCACUCCUUCCCUUCCUUCCCGGGACCCGGUGCUACGGCACUUGGGGUGGCAUCCCAUGAGAGGACUGAAGUGGGGCACCUGGGUUGCCCACCAUCCUCUGUCUUCACGCCUACCCACCCUGCGUCCUGCUCUCUGCCCAACCCCAGCCACAGUGUGGCACCACAGUGUGGCACCUGGCCACGGCCUCCUGACCUCAGACCUGCGAUCCUCUGCUCCCAGGGAGGGCUUCCCUAGCCAGGAGGGUCUGUCUCUCUGGUACCUAGCUGUCUUGUUGCAGGCUUUGCUGGGGUUUGAGUGUCCCUGCCAAAAUACCUGUUGAAAUGUCAGCCCAUUGUGGGGAAUGAAGUGGGUGAUGUUUGGAG